UCCAAUCCGCUUGCUUGCUCAUCACUACUUGCCUCGCCGUUUGACGUUUCGAACGUAAACAAAGUAAAAAAAAUAAACAAACGCCUUUACUAUUUAUUGCAGAACGAACCAGCCGGAUCGGUCGGGGAAGGUGCGACAACCGUAAACACCGCUUCCACCGCGCUCGGUGCAGAUUCAUCGGUACGAGUGUAUUCCUGUACACAUGCCGGCUGCAAGAAGCUGUACCUGAACGAGCAUCACCUGAGAGCGCACGAAAAGUAUCACGGUGAAGAUGUUCCUAGCCAUCGGAACCAAGCGUCGACCGUGGCUGGCAGUACGGUCGUCGGAGGAGAAAAGCUCGAGGCGCAAGAGAGUGGUUUGCGGUUUCUGUUAGAAAAUGACCUUUCGGACGUUGUAGCUAACCGCCAGAAUCGAUCGGAUGCUAUUGUGGAGCUAGAACUCGUGGAGGAUCGAAGGAAGGAAGAAUGUAUCAUUGUAGAGGAAGCGCACGAGGAUGAGGACGACUUGAUACAGUACGAUGGAGACGAUUGCAUAGAGGAUGAAACGGCGCGAUCCGAUGUGGAACUCGAUGACUUAGUUGCCGCAUACGGCGAGGGGUCUGAUUGUGAAGAGGAGGAAGCAGUCGCAGCAGGCACGCAACCGAAUUCCGAAUCCGAUGAGGAGGAAAGCAAUUCAUUCGAAGAAUCGAAACAACUCACAUACUCGAGCAAAGAUCGUAACUAUCCCUGCCGGUGGCCCGGGUGCAGUAAAACGUACAUCAAAGUAUCGCACCUGAAGGUGCACCAAAGAUCUCACACGGGUGAACUACCCUUCGGGUGUAGCUGGACCGGAUGCAGGCAACGCUUUGCACGGUCGGAAACACUGAAUCGCCAUCUGGUGACGCACACCAGCGAUCGUAAUCACAACUGCCGGUGGUGCGAGAAACGGUUCUUUCGUCGCGAUCACCUGCUGGCGCACGUACGCCGACACAAUCUGCCCAACAGUGAGAUACAGCAACUAUUUCCUGGAGUCAAGCUGACGAAGAAGGACCCGAAACGAGUGGAAGAACCGGCGCGAGUGACCGCACCGAAGGAGAGUGGUUCCAGCAACAAGGAUACCACUGAACCGAUCGUUCCCGAGCUGGACCCUCGACGAACGUUCCGCUGUUCGUAUGAGGGUUGCACCAAAAGCUACACACGCCAAAGUCACCUGAAAGCGCACGAACUGUUGCACACCGGCACGCUACCGUUUCACUGUCCGUGGGAAAACUGUGAGGCGGCCUUUGCACGGUCGUACGAACUGUCACGCCAUCGCCGGAUGCAUUCGGGCGAGCGGAAGUUUGUGUGUCACAUCUGCCAGCAGGCGUUCAUACGCAGCGAUCAUCUGUCGAGUCACGUUAAACGGCACACGUUCCAGGCGGUGCGAGUUGAGCAGUGUGGGGCGAACGUUCGCGUGAAGCUGAAGGUGAAAUAGUUUGUUGCAAAUACGAAGGAGAAGGAAUUUAUAUUUACUCAGUAAUGGUAGUAAUAAGUACUUAGAAGAAGAAAAAAAAUGGAAAAGGAAUGAAAAUUUGUGAUGGAAAAUGAUGGCAAAGAAACAGGAAUAACAGUUAAGUGUCUUCCGGUUUAGUUUUAAAUUUUAUUUAAUAAUUUUGUACAAUACACAUUAUUAUGCUUAUAAUUUA